UUUCCUCGUUUUAUUUUAUAAAAAAUAUCUAAAUACAAAAUGGAGUUAGAAAAUGACGAUAACAACCAUGAGCUUGAUGUUGAUAAGCCAAAGAAGCCAUCAAUAUAUCUAUGCGAAAUAUGUCGUACCAUUUGCCAAUCGGAGGAAUUACUUAAAGCACAUUCCAAACAAGAAACACACUUAAUGAAAUUAAGGACCAUGAAGGAUAUGUACAAAUUCUGCACAGAUUGCAAAUUAAAUUAUUAUUAUGAUAUUAUAAAUAAAUGUAUGGAACCUCAUCAAGAAAGUUUGUCUCAUAAAUGGGUUCAAGCUAUUAACACAUUUGGAAAUCAUAAAGUGAUUGCUACUAAAUUUGAACUAAAACAUGGAGCUAUAAAUUUCUUGGAAUCAAGGCCAGAAUUAUUAGGUAUUGAUUACAUAAUUAAAAGUAUGUAUAAAGACACAUCUUAUUAUUUGUGCUAUCUUUGUGGAUUUUCUCCAAAAUACUUUAACAAAGAUAAACUUCAGUCAAAACCUGAAGCAAAAGAUAAAGCCAUUAUGCACCACAUCCUAUCUAAAGAACAUGUUCACAACUUUAUAAGAGUUCAGACUCCAACCUUAUUGAAUGACUUUGAAAAAUUUUACAGUGAAGAAGUUGAAAAACAAAUAAGCCUCAAAGGUCAUUCCUCAAAAGUGGAUCAGCAAAUAAUCAUGGAUGCCGUUAUCCAAAAGAUAAUGCAUCUACUGCCUAACCAUCUUCAAAAAUCUAAGCGCAUAAGAUAUAUUGAGGUAAAUCCUAAACAUCCUGAAUUUGAUAUGAUAUGUCACAUCAUGAAAAUUUACAAUGAUAUCGCCAAAGAAAAGUCUAAAUUUGAUGCCUCUUAUGAAAAUGUGUCAGACUCUGAACACAUCGAACAGAAAGAGACCGAGAAUAGGAACAUUAAUAAAUUGGCCAGCAGUUUGUCAAGAUAUAUCUUGAGACCUAGUGACAAGAAAAAGGAAUUAAUUAGAGAUAUGAGUCCUGUUGCUAAGGACAAACGUAAACGGAGUAAGAAUUAUCCUAACCUAAAAAUGACUAAAUCAAAUGAUAUUAUCACCUCAGAAGAUGUGGCUGUGGAACAAACGGCUAAUCAUUUCAGCAUUGAAAAAGACAGUGUCACUAAUAAAACUAUCAUCAGGAUCCACAAAACGCCCAGUCAAAAGAUUUCCCGUGAAUCAACUGAAAUUACUAUAGAUAACAAAAUACAGGAAUCUGAUGAUUUUGGUGAUAAACUAACUUCUGGCUCCCCCAAAAUUGAUUUAAUUCCUAAUGAGCCAGUAGCCAGUGAAGAUUCGAAACCUCGCACUUUGGACAAUGAAGUUAUCACCAAAGGAGAUUUUGUUAUAUUGGAUGCUUUCUCCGCCGAUUUUGACGAGAUUUCUAUUGGCAAUGAGAUAAAUGUAGAGGACAAAUCAAACGUUGGAGAAGAGCCUGAUUUAAAUAAAAAUAAAGCUGUUAAAAUCAAUGAUCCUAAUAUUCCAAAAAGUAUUAACCUAGAUAUUGUGGAUUCUAGAUCCACUAGAAUCAUAAAAACUGGUGGUAGCCAGGGCCCAAAGAAUUUUAGGAUUAUUUUUCCUCCAAAAGGUGAGGAGAUAGAUAAGCUUGACAGUGGAAAACCUACAGAUACAAGAGAUUCAAAGGAUCGCCAUCAUGAUCACCAUAACAAGGACAAAGGAAAGUCAAAUAGUGAUACCAAAUUAGCUGGAAGCAGAAUCCGAUCUAGAUCAAGUUCUAUUUCAUCAGAUUACAUGAAACCAGCUCCUCGUGGCAGGAAAGGGGGAAGUCGUAAUCAAAAUAAAUUUAUGCCAAGGAAAAAUACCAAGCAAACUCUAACUUCUUUAAAUUCUAUGCUGAGGAAGAAGGCCUUACAGACCCAACGAGACAUUUACAAGAGAAAGAUGAUGAACAUAGCUUUGCAUCAAACUCAAACUCAACCUCUUUUUGUUACGAUUCAAAAUGACCAGAGAAAUAUUGAUAAUAUGUUGGAAUCUAUUGGAUCCUUUCCCAUGUUCCAAAAUAUAUUGGUAACCUUAGAUAACCAGACUUCCCUGAACGAAGUUUUUGGCAGGGUGAGAGGAUUUUUGCCAGGGAUGCCUCAGGUGGACAUGACUCGAGAAGAUUUCACCAAACCUGAGACCAUUCGAAGGUUGUUUGACGUUUUGAGAAACGCCAUGAACACUAUCUUUAAAGCUUGGGCCUGUGACCAAAACAUAGCUCAUAGGCUAGAACCAUUACUGAGAGAGGAGAUGGGGGCAGAUCAGAAUUCCCUUUACAUCUUGCUAAAAGAAGGCAUUGAGGCAGAAUUCUAUGAUACUAACAAGGUGGAUAAUGUCAGGAUGAACAAAUUUCUGGGCAGACUGAACCAACUGCUGGCUCGAAUGUCUUUGGCAGAACAAAAUUCUCGAAUUCCCUUGGAACGUCCUCCUUAUUUGGCUUCCUCUACCACUUAUCCACUUGUUGCAGGAGGAAUGGGUGGUAUGGUGGGAGGCCCACAAGAUACGAGUUACGAUAGGAAAAGGGAAAAUUUAAAAAGAAGUCUGACACCCAUCUGGUCUUCAGAUUACAAGAACGCUUUAGGAAAGGCAUCUGCCAAAUUGGCUGAUGAUUUUGUAAACAGUGCUUAUUCCAGUGUAAGAGCGAGAUCUAGAUCCAAAUCACCCAGAGAUCGAGAGAGAUCUAGUGUUGGUCGUCAUAGAUCAACCUCACGCUCCAGAAGAUCUUCCAAAAGAAAUCGGUCUAGGGAAAGCCUCAGGGCGGGUUCUAAACGAUUAAGUGCAAUCAAGCCAGAACCCUUUAACUUUCAGGCUCACUUGGGCAUCAAAUCUCGUAACACCCUGGAAGAGUCGAUGCGGCAACAGGACGAAUUGGCUCGUAGUCUUAGGGGCAUGAUAGAUAAUCUGACAGCCCAAACAGCCGCCCCUUCUAAAGUCGGCAUGUUAGAAGACAAGAUUAAACGACUUAUUGAUGUCCAGAAUGGAUUGCUAUUCUUCCCACCUCCUCAGGCAUCUCCCAUCGAUAAUUUUGACACUAGAAGAAACCGGCCUGAUCCGUCACUUCCCACAGCUCUUUAUUUGCAAUCUCAGCUUAACGAUUUGAUUAAUGACCAAGAGAAUGCUGGAUUUUUAGCUCGCCCUGGUAACGAAAGUUUAAAAAGAUUGCUACAAGAUGCUUUGAAAGCUCAAGUUAGAAUUUUGGAAAAGUAUCAAGGGGAGAAUGCUUCUGGAAAUAAUGUAAACACCAUAGGUGACCAGAGGUAUGAUAGCUUGCCCCAUUCUUCACUGCCCCCACCUAUUGAUGAACGUUAUCGAGUUGAUAGGAGAAGGCCUCCUGGUUUAGGUGGUAAUCCAUUUGAACCAGUUCAAUAUGACCCAAAUGUUCGCCCACCAAUAGAUCCUUAUCACCAUCUUCCUGUGCCUAGAUACCCACCUCCAAUUCCACCACCUUCUCAAGAUUUUAGGUAUCCGCCACCACCCCCUCUAGCUCAUAAUCCUUUUCAACCUGUUCCACCUCCCUACCCCCAUCCUUAUCCAGAUGAGCAUGCUUAUCCUACACUUGUGAGACACCCUCCACCCCCUCACCACCCUCCACCUCCUCAUCACCUUCCACCUCCUCAUCAUAUACCUCCUCCUCACUACGCCCCACCUCCUCCUCAUCACGCCCCACCUCCUCCUCAUCACGCCCCACCUCCUCCUUAUCGGCCAACUUCUUAUGUGCCUCGUCCCCCACCUUCACAUCAAAGCACACCUCAGAAACCGCCCGUUUUGGAACAAUUAAAAUAUCCUAAAAAGAAAAGCGAAGAUCCUAACAAAUUGUCCUUCCUAUCAAAACCUAAGAACCCUAAUCUUAGUGUUCUUAGCUCGGCUUCUGACGUUGGUGUGUCCAAGUCCAGUCUAAUCCAAGUUGGCACUUUUUUACGCGAUAAUCAGGUCAGCAGUGGUCACAAUAUUGUAUAUGAGCCCACCCCAAAGAUGGAAUUGAAUAAAAAUGAUCGCUCUGUCCAAAAACAUAUGGAAUCGUCAGAAAAGGAUUACAUGUCAUCCUACCAAACCUCUUAUCCAUUGGCAUCAAGUUUCAAUGAUUCAUCUAGCAAAAAAGUUAUUUACAAUGAUGACAGUUUUGAUUAUUCGAGCUUUAAGAUGAGUGAAUCGCAUGCUAAUUCUGUAGAAAACCACCAUUCAUCUACGAGGAGUCAAUCAUCGAGUCUUACAAAGGGAGGAGGGCCAUCAUACAAUAGUUAUGAUAGACAAAGGACCAAUCACACUACAGUAAAAGUGUGUCAACCAAACGAAUUGCCGUCAUUUCCUCAUAUGUUGAUACCAGGCCAUUCUCAUCAUAAUCAGGAGUAUAGAUCUUCUUUUGGUAACCUUUCUUCUUUGUCAGAAAAUAGGGAUGAGUAUAGUACACACAGGCGUCCAGAAAGACCAGAAAGUUUUAGCGAGGAAAGACGUUAUAACGUUAACAACACUAAUAAAAUGAGUAAUAAUUUAACUUCGUAUUAUACCGAGAAUCAUCCAAGGCACAACCAACCACCACAAGCUAAGAGAAUGGGCAAUAAUGUCCGUAAUAGAAAUGCGAAUGAAUACAGGACUGGUCAUGGGACUUUUAAUAGGUAUUUCAAAUAGACGCUAUCAUGAUUGGCUCAAAAGAUGCGCCAAUGAAUUAUUGUUUAUUUUAUAUAAUUGAAUUUGUAAAAUUUUUUGAUUUUAUUUCCAAACAAUUUUGCCUUUCUAGAUUUUCAUACAUGAUUUAUAAAAAUAAAUAUAAUUAUAAUAAUAUAAUUUUAUUUAUUACUACAUUAUUAAUUAUGAUAUUUGACAUUCAAUUUUAUUUUAUAUCCACUAUCUACUUUCUUUGCGCUAUAUA